CGGGACGCUGACGGUCAGCCAGAGGCGGAGCGGAUAGACCUUUUCUUGGACGCUGAAGUCGUACUUGAAGAUUAAGCGGCGGCUGGUGUUGGAAGCAGGAGCCAGACCCGUGCACUGAGCGAUCUGCAGGAGCCUGAAGCCAGUGGGGUCCGAGCCACCUGCCCACCACCUUACGCGCCCCGAGCAAUCCCAGGAGGCCCCGACCUCCCGGCCCCCGCAGCCUUCGGAGCCCGCGCCUUCCAGGUCCGCCGCCCCAAGCCAAGCCCAGAAUGCGGGCUGCGCGCAUCGUGCUCCGCGGCGCCGCCGGCCCGUCUGCUGCGGCUGCGCCAGUGGCCCCGAUCCCGCGGGCAGUGGAACGCUUUUCGCGCUACAGUCCGUCCCCGCUGUCCAUGAAGCAGCUGCUCGACUUCGGCUCAGACAACGCUUGUGAGAAGACCUCUUUCGCCUUUCUGAGACAAGAGCUGCCGGUGAGGCUCGCCAAUAUCCUGAAAGAAAUCGACAUCCUCCCGGAUCCUCUGGUAAAGACCUCCUCCGUGCAGAUGGUGAAGAGUUGGUACAUCCAGAGCCUCAUGGAUUUAGUAGAAUUCCAUGAGAAAAGCCCGGAGGACCACAAGGCUCUGUCUGAUUUUGUAGAUGCGCUGAUCAAGGUCCGGAACAGGCACCACGACGUCGUCCCCACCAUGGCCCAAGGCAUCAUUGAGUACAAGGAUUCAGGCGAUGUUGACCCCGUCACCAACCAGAAUCUCCAGUACUUUUUGGACAGGUUUUACAUGAACCGCAUCUCUACACGAAUGCUAAUGAAUCAGCACAUCCUCAUCUUUAGUGACUCAAAGACAGGAAACCCGAGCCAUAUCGGAAGCAUUGAUCCCCACUGUGAUGUGGUUGCUGUGGUGCAAGAUGCCUAUGAGAGUGCCCGGAUGCUCUGUGACCAGUAUUACCUCAUUUCUCCUGAACUGAAGCUAACACAAGUGAAUGGAAAGGUGCCUGGCCAGCCCAUCCACAUCGUCUAUGUGCCCUCACACCUUCAUCACAUGCUAUUUGAGCUCUUUAAGAAUGCCAUGAGAGCCACCGUGGAGCAUCAGGAGAGCCAGUCGUCCCUCACGCCCAUCAAUGUGACUGUUGUCCUGGGAAAUGAAGACCUGACCAUCAAGAUUUCAGACCGAGGGGGUGGUGUUCCGCUGAGAAUAAUUGACCGCCUCUUCAGUUACACCUACACCACUGCCCCGACCCCGGUGAUGGAUAAUUCCAGGAAUGCUCCUUUGGCUGGUUUCGGGUAUGGCUUGCCAAUUUCUCGUCUCUAUGCCAAAUACUUUCAAGGGGACCUGAAUCUCUAUUCAUUGUCGGGGUAUGGAACAGACGCGAUCAUCUACUUAAAGGCUCUGUCUUCUGAGUCCAUCGAAAAGCUCCCCGUGUUCAACAAGUCGGCCUUCAAACACUACCAGUCAGGCCCAGAGGCAGGGGACUGGUGUACCCCAAGCAAAGAACCGAGGAACCUCUCCAAGGCGAAGGCGGCCAUGUGAGCGAGGCUCCCUACACCAUUGUUUCCAGAAAACAUGGGGCCUCUGAACUUUGGGAGCAAAACCAAGCCCAACCUUGAUCAGAACCCUGGUCAGAAGAGAUGGGCACGUGUGUGAGUGUGUGAGUGUGUGUGUGUGUGCACGAGCCCAGGACCCACUGCAUGCAAUCUGUUUGUGUGGAGGGCCUGGCGAGGAGGGCGCUCUGGGCCCCAUCAUCCCUGCCUAAACCUGGCUGAGGAGAGGGCCCCGCACCAAGGGCUCCUAGACACCCCACUCAAGCCCCCAUUGCUCAGCCCCAAGGUUGGUGGUUGGAAGAGCAGGAGCGAGCUGAGUUUGCCAGCAGAUCCCCUGCUUACCACCCUUCAGAACACCACAAGUUAGGAUCGCAUCCCUGGAAAUGGACACGUGGUCCUUUAGCCAUUGUAGUGAUGACCCUCGGGGAAAAGGUGGGCAGCCAAGUCCGCACCAAUGCAGAUGACCAAGAGAAGAGCAAAACCUAGCUUGGCCACCAUCUUGUAGCCCAGGUAGAGGAAAGGGCUGGAGGGGCUCUUCCCCUGCCCAAUGUAUUCCUUACCCUUCCUGCUCAGCCAGUGGCCUGUGUGGGCAUGUGUCCUGAGUGUGCAGGAAGUCAGGACGUGUGGGAAGGAGAGGAUAGAGGCCGGAGUCUCACCUAGCAGAGGCCAGUGAGUGCUACAGGGAGAGCCAAGGCAGGCCCCCAGCCCAUCUGCCCGGGUUGGAGAUGUACUUGUGAUUAGGGUAGGCUAAGCCUCGUGCACGGAGGAUGAAGGUUACACCGAGGGCCAUUGUAAGUGGAAGGGUGUGCUGGGGAAGAUCAGAUUCAAGGCUGUGUUCAGAUGCUGGUAGAUUCAUUGUUGGGGAGUUGUGCUGGUCAGGAUAUGGAAGUUGGAUAGAAAGAGAAAGAGCUGAGAGUUCUCCCUCAGGACAACCUCCCUCUGUGCCCCAGCCCCUUAACUCUGCUGGUCUCUGUCUGUGGACAGUGGGCAAGGGAGCAGAGCUGGACCCACUUGGGAGAACACAGGGGGCCAUCGAAGCCCAGCUGAUGGGACAGCUCCACUCUGGGUCCUGCAUACUUGUCGGAUGUGACACGAGUUUGCUGAUGGUUCUUUUUGGCUGCAAAGGGUGCCAGACACCCCUCCUUACCCUAGAGUUUGCAAUUUGCUCCUCAUAAAGUAGUGGGCUGAGUUCUGGCUGGCACAGACUCCCUUAGUCAAAUAGGUGCUAAGAUAAUUGGGGGGUCACUCUCAGGCCAGGGGAAACCUCACUCAGGAGAGAGCAGAUGGGGCAGUCGUCCCCAGCAAGGGGCCUCUUCCUUCCAGCAUUGGCCCGGUGCAGCCAGAGCCGAGGGUACAGGUCUAGCCCCACUAAAGUCCCUGCACUCUGAUUUCAGCUUUAUGCCAUCACCAAAGCGGUGCACGUGCACCCAAUGCACAAUGAGGGGAGGAAGGUCUCGGUCCAAGAGCUCCAGGGCCAGGGACUGACUGACUGACUCUGGCUGACGGGACUGCAGACCCCGAGGAGAAUAGGGUACAACUGUAAAGUUACCACUGUGUGAAGUAAAUUUUGUACAUAGGAAUGUGACACUUUUAUAAUAAAUAUUUUUACUAUAACAA